AUGUCUAUCGUGGACGGCGAGGGCGUCGACUGGGGAACGGCCGAGGCCCUUGCGUUCGGCACUUUGCUCCUCGAGGGGAACCACGUCAGGCUCACGGGGCAAGACGUGGAGCGCGGCACCUUUAGCCACCGCCACGCUGUUCUCCACGAUCAGGAGACCAACGAGACCCACACGCCGCUCAACCACCUGGCGAAGAGCUGCAUCCCCUCCCUCCCUAUAUCGGACAUGAGCACGGCGCCAGACGCGCAGGCGAAGUUCACGGUUCGGAACUCUAUCCUGUCCGAGUUCGGCGUGCUAGGCUUCGAGAUGGGCUACUCUCUGGAGAACCCUAACGCCCUCUGCCUCUGGGAGGCUCAGUUCGGGGACUUCGCGAACGGCGCACAGGUCGGGUCUGUGAUAUUCGACCAGUUUAUCUCGUCGGGCGAGGACAAGUGGCUGCGGCAGAGCGGCCUGACGGUACUGCUCCCCCACGGGUACGACGGCCAGGGGGCAGAGCACUCCAGCUGCAGGAUGGAGAGGUUCCUCCAGAUGAGCGACUGCGACCCCGAGCACGUCCCCGGAAUGAAGCACGAGACCAGGAUGCAGAUCCAGCAGUGCAACUGGCAGGUCAUCAACUGCACCACGGCGGCCAACUACUACCACGCGCUACGCCGACAGGGCAUCAACAUCAACAUCAACAUCAACCAAAAGGUGCCAUCUAGUUUCCUCGGGAUUUAG